CCUGUAGACCCCACCCACACUGAGGCUCCGGACGUUUGAGAACGGUGCACAGCGCCCCGCCGGAAGUACUUCCCUAGGCGGAAGCUUCUGAGAACCAUAUAGCGGAAGCACCUCCUCUUCCGGUCUCUUUGGGAUCUGCCGCGGAAACAAGAUGACGAAGGGAACGUCAUCCUUUGGAAAGCGUCGCAAUAAGACGCACACGUUGUGCCGCCGCUGUGGCUCGAAGGCCUACCACCUGCAGAAGUCCACCUGUGGCAAAUGUGGCUAUCCUGCCAAGCGCAAGAGAAAGUAUAAUUGGAGUGCCAAGGCGAAAAGACGAAACACCACUGGGACCGGGCGAAUGAGGCAUCUAAAAAUUGUAUACCGCAGAUUCAGGCAUGGAUUCCGUGAAGGAACAACACCUAAGCCCAAGAGGGCAGCUGUUGCAGCAUCCAGUUCAUCUUAAGGAUUUCAACGAUUAGUCACACAAUAAACAUUCUGUCUGGUUUUAAAAAAUA